GGCGUCGGCGUCCGCGUCGUCGGAGGCUGAGGUGGCAGUGGGCCCGCCAACAUGGAGCUACCGCAGAUGCCCGAGCUGAUGGGCCUGUCGCUGUUGCUCGGGCUGCUGGCCCUGAUGGCGACGGCGGCAGUAGCGCGGGGGUGGCUGCGCGCGGAGGAGGAGACGGGCAGCCGGCCCGCGGGCCAAAAAGCAAAUGGAUUUCCACCUGACAAGUCCUUGAAGUCCAAGAAGCAGAAACAGCAUCAACGAAUUCGCAAGGAGAAGCCUCAGCAGCACAACUUCACUCACCGCCUCCUGGCUGCGGCAUUAAAGAGCCACAGUGGGAACAUAUCUUGCAUGGACUUUAGCAGCAAUGGCAAGUACCUGGCCACCUGUGCAGAUGACCGUACUGUCCGCAUCUGGAGCACCAAGGACUUCCUGCAGCGGGAGCACCGCAGCCUGAGAGCCAACGUGGAGCUGGACCAUGCUACCCUGGUGCGCUUCAGCCCUGACUGCAGAGCCUUCAUCGUCUGGCUGGCCAAUGGAGAUACCCUUCGUGUCUUUAAGAUGACCAAGCGAGAAGAUGGGGGCUAUACCUUCACAGCCAACCCAGAGGACUUUCCUAAAAAGCACAAGGCACCCGUCGUCAACAUUGGCAUUGCAGACACAGGGAAGUUCAUCAUGACCGCUUCCAGUGACACGACGAUCCUCAUCUGGAAUCUGAAAGGUCAUGUGCUGUCUACGAUCAACACCAACCAGAUGAACAAUACCUAUGCUGCUAUAUCCCCCUGCAGCAGGUUUGUGGCCUCUUGUGGCUUCACCCCAGAUGUAAAAGUUUGGGAAGUCUGCUUUGGGAAAAAAGGCGAUUUCCAGGAGGUCAUGCGAGCCUUUGAACUGAAGGGGCACUCUGCAGCCGUCCACUUCUUCGCUUUCUCCAAUGACUCCCGCAGGAUGGCCUCAGUCUCCAAGGAUGGUACGUGGAAACUGUGGGACACAGAUGUGGAAUACAAGAAGCAACAGGAUCCCUACUUGCUGAGGACAGGCUGCUUUGAAGAGGCGAGCACCAUGCUCUGCCGCCUGGCCCUCUCCCCUGACGCCCAGGUCUUGGCUUUGGCCAGUGGCAGCAGUAUUCAUCUCUACAACACCCGGCGGGGUGAGAAGGAAGAGUGCUUUGAGCAGGUCCAUGGGGAGUGUAUCACUGACUUGUCCUUUGACAUCACUGGCCGGCUUCUGGCCUCCUGUGGGGACCGGGCAGUGCGGCUUUUCCACAACACCCCCGGCCACCGGGCAGUGGUGGAGGAAAUGCAGGGCCUCCUGAAGCGAGCCUCCAACGAGAGCACCCGCCAAAGGCUACAGCAGCAGCUGACCCAGGCCCAGGAGGCUCUGAGAAGCCUGGGUGCCUUGAAGAAAUGACUCUGGGAGGGUAUGGCAGGAAGGAUCUGGCAUGCUGCUGCCGCCACCACUACUGCCACUUUUCUUCCCAGGUACUCAACCAGCUGGAAACCUUUUGAAAGGAGUAUUCUGAUUUUCUCGGUGACUCCUCUCUCCUUUUCCCCAUUGAAACUAUUAUUGCCUACUUUGAUAUCUCUCUCUUUCUCUCUCCUUACUCAUUAUGACUCCUGGCCUUACUUGACCCUCCAGUCUAAUGACCAAGGUGCUUCUCUUUCUCCUGGGCCCAUGGGAGGAAUCUGUCUUCACCAGGCACUGAGGGAAAUAGUACAUUGAAGAGAGAGAGGACAUGGCCUUGACCUUGUGGCAACUCACCCUGGUACCCAAAGGAGUCUGUAAUUGUGGAGACAAAACCAUGGGGACGCCUGAGUACUGACCAGUAGUUUUGCAGAGAUAGGAGCCUGGGAUGCCUUCCAAUUACAGAACUGUGGUAUGUUGUCAGGGAAGAGCUAGUUUUAAUACAGGCGAAGCUUCUAACUCCAUCAAAAAAAGAAUUAAGGUUUUCCAUUCUGUGCCUCAGUUUCCUAAUUUGUAAAAUGGAGACUAAUCCUCUCUCGAUCUCCUUACAAAGAUGGUGUGAAGAUAUGCCUGUAUAAAGUCUCUAGAUUUGGAGGUGGAAAAGAGUAGCAACAUAUGUUAUCUGUCGGCCAAUCUCAGUUAUCAACUACCAGGUAAAAGUAGGACUGGGUGUAGUUUAAAACUAAAUAAAAAGAAGAGAAACACAUCUUGGAAAAGCAAAGUUUGUGGAACUUGAUGAUAUAUUUUUUAUCCAAUUCUGCUUUAAUUUGUGUAGGGAAUCACAGGAUUCCAAGAUAGGACUCCUCUCUUUAAGGUUGUAUCCUGUUUGAGGAGACCUCUUUGUAUUUUGUCAGAUAUUUGUGUGCCUGCUUUGUGCCUAGCACAGCAGUAGGUACUGGAGAUAAAUAUGAACAAGACAUGAUCUCUGCCGUCAAAGAUGGCCUCUGAGAGAGAAGGAAACAUGGCUAUAAAGUGUUUUUUGCUAGUUAAUUCAUAACUGUAGAAGGCUGUUGUAAAAGUCAAGGCAAAGGGAGGAUUGAAUCAGGAUAUAGGCAAUGAAUUUGAAAUUGAAGGGAUAGAGUUGGUAAGAGAUUAGGCAUUAAGAAGUUCAAAGUUUUUGGAUUUGAGACUGUCUGGAUGUCGGAGAAUGGAAACGAGGAUCCAGGGUGAUUUGAAUCUUGGCAAAAUUUAUUCAUCUGAAAUCACAUUCUUGCUGUCUCUUCCUGUAAAAUUGGGGCCUCCCCUAGACAUUCCCAACUCAUAAAUGUUUGAACAAGCACAACCUCGGAAUUAUCCCUAAUUACUCCUUUUUUCAUUAAUCCUUCUGGCCGAUUGCCACUACUAACCACCCACCCCACCAGAAAAUUAUUUUGGUUAGACUCUAGAAUCUAUAUCCUGAAUCUGAUUCUCUCCAUCUUUCUGUUACCAUCCUGGUCCUAGCCACUGUCACCUACUGGACUGUGAUAGCGUAGCUUCCUCACUGAUGCCUCUGCUUCCUCUAUUUCCUUGUUAAGUCACUGUAAACUAGCAGAGUGAUUUUUGAAAAUGUGAACCAGAUCACAUUGUUCCCAAGCAAAAACCUUCCAAAGGCUUCCCAUCGCACUUGGAAUAAAAUCCAAAAUUCUUGUCAUGGCCUAAAGGUCCUAUGUAAUCUGGCUUCUUCCUUCCUCUCUGAUCUUGUUACCACUCUCCCAGCCACCCCAAACUUGGUGUUACAGAUUUAACCAAGCCAAUUUAUAUCCUGCCUCAACCAGAAGCUCUUCCUGUGCUGUGUUCCUCCUGCUUGGACGCCUUCUUCUUUUCUGUUGGUAGACUUGUCAUGCUUGUCGUAAUUCAGUUCUUCAUUUCAGUUAUACUUCAGAGAGACCCUCCCUGACCAUCCAGUGUGAAGUAGCCCUUUCCACCAAUCAUAUCACACCUGUCACGUUAGCUUACUUUAUUUUUAUUACCUAAUGCUAUCUGAAAUGAUCUUGUUUGGAUAUUUGUUUGCCCCAGGGGUUUCAGCUGAAAUGCUUAUGGAUGUCAGGUGGAAAAUGCAAAUGCAUGAAUGGGGCCACAGUUGCCUGGGUGUAAGAUGGUGGGAAAUGGGGAACACUGAAGUGAUUUCUAGAGGUCAUGUGUCUGGGGUGAGAGGUAGGGGUGGCUGCUACUUAUCAUUCAGGAAUUCAGCAGAAGUUGCUUGUUAGAUAGAAGCUAGCAGUUGGUGAUUUAUUUUACAAAGACAAAAACAUUGUAUAGACCAAACAAAGCACUUGUGAGCCAGAUGCAGGCCACCAGUCUCUCCUUGGCAGCUUCUGGAUCGUUCAUUAAGCCACAGGAAUGUGAACUCCGCAAGGGCAGGAUCUUUUAUCUUAUUUGCUCUCUAUCCCAACCACAAUACCAGGGACAGUAAGCACUCAAUAAAUAUUGAAGUCAAAUCAGGGGCAGUUAAAAGACAUUUCAGUAAGCCUCAUCCCACUCAGUUUUCAUUUUGGGUUUAUGCUCCUGAUAACAGACUUUUGAUUAAUAACACUAUGCACACGGGUCUCUGAAUAUUUGCUUUCAGGUUGUCAGAAGAAUGAAGCUAAAACACUUUGCAUAUCUGUUUGGCUCUGGCUUUACUCUUACUGUGUAUCCAGGAGGCAAGUGACUGUAGUAUGUUGAGUUACUGAAAUCAGAAGUCUUUGGUUCCAAGUUGGGCCGGUCACUUAUUGCCUUAAGGCCUUGAGCAAAUAGAUCACUGGGCCUCUCUGAGUUUGUUUCCACAUCUGUAAAAUGGGAAUAAAUCCUGACCUGAGGGUCUUAUAAAGGGCUGUGAGUUUCUAAUAAGACAAGUGAAGCACUACAAAAAAAAAAGUCCUCACAGAUUCCCUGAGGACAGCGCUCCUCUCACUUAAGAUGAGGCUGGUUCUGUUGUAAGCAUGGAGAAGGUACCGUGAUUCAAACUUUGUGUGUGUGAAGGCAGCAUUAAUAUUUUAGUAUUACUAUCAACUUUUGUGGGUUUGCAAUUUUUCAAAAUAAAAAGCCGGGGAAAUAUUUUGAAUGGUGGUAUAUAGCCUGUUUUUAUCAGUCAUCAAAAACAAGACAAUCUUUAAACCACAAAAGUGCACAUUUAAAGGCCUGUCGAUAGUCUUGGUCAAUUUCGAUCAAGGUAAGAAGGAUCUUCCUAUGUAAGAAGGAUCUUCCUAUGUAAGAUUGUUCUGUGCCUGGAGGUGACAGGAGGCGAGUAGGAAGCACAUCCUGUUAUCAGUGUUAGUGGGUCACCUCUGACAGUGUUGGAUAGACUGAACAUUGCCCCCAAAUUGGCCACAGACCUAGAAACUUAAUAAUUUGGGGAUUCGUGUACUUUCUACACAAUUCCAGAGGAGUCUUCCUGGUGAGCAUGGCUUGGUUUCACACCCAGCUCUCGAGGCAGAGGCACCCUGAUGGGUAUCGGUUGGCAUUGCAGGAUUGGCCAUGACAACUGAAAGCAUGAUUUCUGCACAAAAUUCCCAUGUGUCUUCUAAGCCUGUCAGUGCAUUUCCAAGUCUCCAGUUCUUCAAGCUGCCAACUCUGAUUGCAGAAUUUUGGGCAGUUGGAAAAUGAGCGUGAAAAUUUCUAUUUGCUUCCCAUUCUGCACACCCUGUUUGAACCCCUCUGCAUUUUUGUGAUCGCAUUAAGUAGUGGCUAACUUGAGUACUAUGCAACUAAUCCCCAUCAACUCAUUUUUUUUUUACCGCAUUUUAAUUUUUAUCUGGUGAACUACGCUUCCAUGACUCUUAAUCCAUGUGACUUAGAGGAGAGAGACUUGAGACCCUCCAUGGUGGCCAUGUAAUCAAUCAUCAGGCCCUUGGACUUUGCCAGAUCUGUAGAAAAGUGGUGUCUUGAAUUUUCUGUGGAGAUUGCUUAGUAAGUAGGUUGGAUGGUUAUUACGGUGGGUAGUCCUGCCCAAGAAGGAAGCUAGAGACCACGUGCCAGGGAGGCUGUCAGAUGCAGACACACCUGACGUGUUUACCACUGGACUUGUCAGAAGAACCAAUAAAUUCCUAUUUAUGAUUAAGUCUGUUUGAAUUGGGAUAUUCUUACUUGGAACAAAAGAGCCUUAACGUCAAUUAAAGAGUUCAUGUAAAUUGCCCAAGGCACAUAGUAAAUGGCACACUCCAAUAUUUUAGUUGAGGCCUAUCUGAUACUAAAGUACAUACCUUUAGCCAUCAGGUGCAUCCCCAACAUUUGUAAAGCCAGAGGUAGGAAUAUGAAUGGAGACUCCUGUGCUCUAUCUUAAUAUUUCAGUUAUAAGUCAAGCUGAGCCCAAGUAUGUUCCAUCCUCCUAACCUCGACAUAACAUUCUGGAAAGCCAAGUUUGAAUUUAGAAUUCUCAGGUCCAGUCACUGUGGUGUCACAGCUGGCCAUCCCAUGGCCUAGGCCUCUUCCCACCUGGUUCUUUGCAACAUCGUAAGGGAAACUCCAGCACACACUUCCCAAGUGUCGUCAUCACUGCAAACCACUCUCCCUUGGCCACCCAGCACGUGGGCCUUAAGAGUGUGCAUCAUGGGGCAGCACCAUCUUUGUGAAAAUGGACCCAGGGGAGAAGUUCCUAUAGGCUUUAGAAGAAGCAGGCUUGGGUAGUUUUGGACAAGGUGUAAAGUGGGUAAGAGUAUCUAAACUGUGGUCUGGUGGGUAAGAUGGGGACACAAGCAUUGGGUAUCCCCAUGUCCCUGGUCCUGCAAAUCGUUUGUCUCAUGGAGAGGGACAUAGGUUGAGGGGGCCAGGACAGGUUCCCCAGAAGGAGUUCUCUUGGCCUACAUCUAACAUUGUUACCCUGUUAACCACACUUUUUUGCCUGUAAACUAAGCUCUCCUUAACCCAUCAGAAAUUAAAUACUGUGAGUAUUGGGAGUUCACAAGGUUUAGCCAAGUAUGUCUCAGAGCUCUUCUAGAAGUUCUGGAUAUGUGGAAGCAGCCUGUAUAUUAAUUAACAGGUUACUGAUUACUUGCCUCUUCAGACUCACCUUUAAGUUCUUCCAAGAUAUGCCACAGAGCAGCUGCAGCCAGGCACCUUUAUGGAAGCCUUUCAUACCUUGAUCAUUCCUCUAUUAUGCCCUAGGAUCAAGCCCACAGGUUAGGAAGGAAGCCAUGGGGCUGGAUAGGGGGAUGGAAGGUGGGGCGUGGUUGCUGAGCAUUCCCGCCUUCAAUAAACCCAUAGACCUUUUCCUCUUGUGGAUUUCCUCUUUGCAACAUGGGCACUCAACUUCUUGCUCAAAAGUCUCAAACUGCUCACUGGCUAGUAGCAUAUGCUAGCUAAUCGAGUAGGACUUUUUUUUUUUUUUAAGAUGUUAUUUAUUUACUCAUGAGAGACACAGGCAGAGGGAGAAGCAGGCUCCAUGCAGGGAACCCCAUGUGGGACUCAAUCCAGGGUCUCCAGGAUCACGUCCUGGACUGAAGGCAGCGCUAAACCGCUGAGCCACCUGGACUUCCCUCGAGUAGGACUUUGUUUUUGUAAACAUCUCAGUUACAGGUAUUGAAUAUCCUGUUAACCCUCUAAUCCCUUCCUUUCAUUUUUUUUUCUUCUCUAAUGGCACCUUCCUGCCACAGCUGAAACAGGCCUGAGAAUGGGUACCGUUGCCAGAGUUUAACUUUUAGUCAGACACCCUUCUCGGUGCUGUGCUCCUAACAACUCCACCCUGCCAGCAGUUCUGAGACAGGUACUGGUAGAAUUUCCGUAUCCCAAACAAUCUACAGCAUUGCCAGAGUUGCUGAGCAGGCAGGCGCAUGCCUGAGCUGGGAUUCAGAUCCACAGAGUCUGUGUCCAGAGCUCGUGUUCUUGGUUCUAAGGCCAUGGCAGGUGUCAGAAUCACCUGAGACCUGGGUAUAAAUACAAAGUCCCAGGCUCUCUACUGCUUCAGCAGUCCAGGGCCUCUGGGUUCUUUAUUAGCUCUCAGGUGAUUCAGGUACCAAAGUGUGGGAGGCACUGCAUUGUGCUUUUCUGCCUUGAUUUGGAAUAUUCUUCAUACACUACUGCCUUGCCUGAGUGUUAAUAAUGCUCAACAGUUAAUGAACUCACUAUGGCCUCCACUUACCCCAUUCACUGUGCAACUAUGCUGCCAAUAGAAAUCGUUCCAUUACUUUCUGAGAUGACAUCGUGAGCUCACACCCAAAUGUGAUACUCCCGGGGCUCAUUGCUCCCAAGGGUGGAAAUCAUUAAGCCUCCAGCACUGGAAGGCCAAACCCUGGGGUUUGGAGGCUAUUGCCACCCUGAGCACCUUCCAGAAUUUUAGUUUACCUCCAUCAUACCCAGAAAAUUUGAGCUCAAGACACUAGCGACCAAGAUUUCCUGCCCAUACAGUGAGGGUGGAGCGGGGGUAGCUGCAAUCCACAAGACCCCUCAGACCUACUUGCUCCAUUGGUCUCUCUAAGACUCUAGGAUCCCUGGAACUCCCAACCAUUGGGAGCAAUAUCAAUCAAUAUUGAUUCUGAGGAAUCAGCUGAUGGGAGCAAGGGGUGGGGGGCCCAUUCCUCAUCAGUAACAAAACAUCUAGAGGCCAUGGUGAAGUUGGAAGAUUCAGCACCCAGCCUCUGGUGCUGCUGGACAGCGUCAUCACUUCCCUCUCUGCUAAAAGGUCCCCCUUCUCAUUUACUAUCGUAUCUUUCAGACCCAGCUAAUUUAUCAGAUCUUACUUUUAAAUUUUUAUUUAUUUAUUCAUGAGAGACAUAGAGAGGUGAGACAUAGACAGAGGGAGAAGCAGGCUCCAUGCAGGGAGCCUUAAUGUGGGACUCAACCCCAGGACCCUGGGAUCAUGCCCUGAACCAAAGGCAGAUGCUCAACCGCUGAGCCACCCAGGCAUCCCUAAUUUAUCAGAUCUUAAAUGCGCAACUAACUUUUCUUCCUUGGCAUUUAUAGGUAAAAUGAUUGUCAGGCUGGGACAUGGACAUGUACACAAACCAUCCCCAGCAGCUGAGGCUGCAGAUGGAUGAGUCAGUAGAUGGAGGGAACCUGGGCCCCUAAUGACUCUGUGGAGCAGGUCUUCCCUGACCCCAGCAUUGUAUUGUGACCAUAAACAAGAAAUGAAUUCAUAUCGUGUGAGGGACGCCUGGGUGGCUCAGCGGCUGAGCGCCUGCCUUUGGCCC